AUGCAACAAAAUAUAAGAUUCGAUGAAAUUGUUGAUAGUGCCCAAGGUUUCUUUGAUUUACCACAUGAAUUAAGACAAAUAAUUUUCUCAUACAUAAGAUUAGCUGAUACUUAUAAGACAUUAUAUAAUAUGGGGAUAGAGCUUAAAGAAUUGGUUAAAGACACUGUGGUUCAUGUAACAGAUUCUGAAUCAUUAUCACCAAGAGGUGAUCCAGGGUCUUGUAUAAAUUCAAUGCCAGAAGUUGAAUCAUAUUCAAUGGAAAAUUUAUAUUAUUUUUUACAAAGGAAGACUAACAUGAUGUUGUUUCCACCUACAAUAGUGAAUAAAUAUUUCAUUAUUGAAUUAUUUUAUCAAAAUACUAGUUAUAAGUUACGGGAAUGUCUUUCGAUUCCACUUAUACUUACAACUCUUAAACGUGUUCACCAUUCCAUUAUUAUCCAAACUGAUGGAUGCACACAGGUUAUUGAUGUUUCAUUAAUGGAAGAUUUAGGAAGAUCAAACUUUGAGACAUUUACAUACCUCAUGAAUAGCGUUGGAAAAUUCACACAUGAAAUACAAUUCCCAACUUUAACACAUUUAAACAUUGAUUCAGAUCUAGUCCUAAGACCUAAAAUUGAUUCAAAACUUUUACAAAAGGAGUAUGAAAGACAAUAUUAUGUUCCAUGUGAAGGACGUACUUUGGAGAAACAUUCAAUAAUUGAAUUCACUUAUCCAAAUCUUCAAAAUUUAUCAAUUCAAACUAAUAAAUUGAAUAAGUUUGUUAAUUUCAAAUUCAAUCAUAAUAAGCUCCGGAAUUAUUCAGUAAAGUGUCUUCCAGAGAGUCGCAGCUAUUAUUUAAAAGACAUUGAUCAAUGUGUAUCUUUGGAAAGGUUUUCAUUGAAUUCGGAUCCUUUAAAUGAAGAUUAG